AUGUCCGGCAUUCCAUUCUCCACCAGUGCCACAGGUGCCCCUGCUGCUGGUGCUGCGGCACCAUACGCCUACACGAGGCAGUGGUACCACAGCAGUACACAGAUCAAGACCCUCGAGACUGCUUGCAGGCUGUUCAAUGCCGACAAGGGCGACAGAUUGCAUGCCCGAACCGUCAAAGAGUGGAUUAUAGCCGAACUAUCCGCAGAGGCAUCAGAUGACAUGUACCGAGAUCAGAAAAAAUUCCUCACGGAAUUUUGGCCCUUCAAAUCGGCUGUGACCAUUUGCGAUGAGAUCCGAGAGAAGAAGCAAUCAGGUUUGGGAAAGAAGAGGUGCAAUUUAACUUCGGUUCUUUUACGAAACAACCUCAACGAUCUUCCAACAGAAUUCCAGGGUUUCGAAGCCGCGUACGCGUGCCAACGCGCCCUCGAAUGGCUAGAUUGCUGCGCGGAAGGGGUCUGUCACUACACAAACUCAAAGAUGAAUUAG